UUUUGAAAUAGAUUGUCAUAAUUAUUCAAUUUAGGAAAAAAACUAAAAUUGUUAAUUAAAAUUAAGUUUCUAAGUGGUUCAACAAGUUAUUUUAGUGUAUAAACAUAACAAGUACCUUUAAUAAGUGGUGGAGGCGCUAGAGGAUCGUUAAUUUUCUGUGUUUUUAACUUUCUACGAUUUUCGGUGCAAUGUGUGACAACGCGCGAACGGGAAUUUCAUCAGCUGCUUUACGUUACUUACAAUUGAUUGAACAAAAUGAGGAAAAUGGCGAUUCAAAUUUGGAAUCUUUGAGUUUGGAUGUUUAUGAUAAAUUGAAAGGAAAUGAUGUCGAGCAAGCUGCAAGUUUGAUGCCAUCAUAUAAUGAUCCGUUUGCUGAUAAUAAGAAAGAUGAUAGUUUAAUAAACUCUUUUAAAGAUUCAUUGGCAAGAAAUGAGAAUAAGAAACCAGAAGACAGUUUAAUGAGCUCGUACAGCAAUCCGUUUGUUGAUCGUCAUGAAAAUGAAUUAGAAUGCAGUUAUAUGAAGUCAUUUAAUAAUCCAUUCACUAAAAAUAUUGAGUCAAUUGAGUCAAAUGACAAUUUCUUCACUGAUAAUAUUAUUCAAGAUCCAGUCAAUAGCCAAAUGAAAUCGUUAACAUGCAUCCUUGAUGCCACAGAUAUUUUAAUUGAUGAUUCUGAUAUCAAUUACAGACCAGAAAUAGCUCAAAUGUCGUUCUUGUAUUCACGAGAUGAUCAAAAUUCAAUUUUAGUUCCAAAAAGUUCCUCAAAAUCAAUAGAAUUAGAAUCAAGUUCAAGCAAAAGCUUUCCAAGUCCACCAUUAAAGCGUUUUUGCUUUGACUCAAAAGAAUCGUCCUUGAAUAAGAGCAAUGCGUAUAAUUCCGUGACUUCGGAGUCGCUCUUCAAAGAAACUGGAAAGAACAUAAACUGCACAGAUGACAUUUUUGAUAUGCAGAACUUAAAUAAAUCAGAUUAUAGCAUUUCCUCAGUUAAUGACAAUUCUACAACAAACAGUAUAUUUAAACAGUCUUUAUCGUCGUCAAUUCAAAGUGAAAACUCGGAAUCUAACCUUGAUUCGACUCUUAAAAACGUUAUGUGCAAGGGUGAUGACUCGUCAAUCCAGGUAAAUGCAACAGAAUUGACAAGAAUAAAGACUUGUAAGGUAAAUACUUUCUAUCAAGCUCCUCGCAUACUAAACAAUAAAAAAAUUGAUGAAUUUUAUAACAUUUAUGAUUCAACUGAUUGGAAGUCCGAGAAUAUCGAUUUAGAUAACAUUAUGGAACCAUCUAUAGACUAUUUACUGUAUAAAUUCAAAUGCUUGAGGCCUUUAACGACUGGAAGGAAAGAUUAUUCUAUUAGCUAUAAUGAUAAGGAUGGCUUCGAUUCUGAUUCAAUAAAUCAAGGUUUAGAUGAGAUUCAAGAUUCAUUUGAUAAUCGAAAUUUCAUUUGUUCAACGCCAGAGGAGUCUGAAAAUCCAGAUGAUAAAACGAAUCUUCUCAAAACUGUUGACUUGAAUAUGGCAGUUAAUGCUGUUACUUCCAAAAACGUUUGUCAAGAAGACGAUGAUAAUAAUACAACAAAAAGCUUCCUUGUGAAUAAGAAAUCUAAAAAUGUCUGGUCAGCAAUUACGCACGUUUCGUGUUCUAUUCCUUUAAUUGAACAAGAAAGUAGUGAGCCACAAUUUGAUAUAACUACGAUUUUUGAUUUUUCAAAUCAGAAUGAGUUCCCUAAUGAACAAGAGAGCCUGAAUAAUGAUACCGCUCGAUUUGAGCUAAUGCUUUCCGUUUUAAAAGAUUGCAAUAAUUCUGUGGACAAAACAACGUCGGAAGUCCAGGAAACAUUAAAAAUCGCGAAAAAUCGAAAGGCUGCAAUAUUCGCUCAAAUUGAAAUGUUAACACAAGCCUUAGUAACGUCACUUGUCAAUCAAAACGCCAUGAUAAUAAAACUUCAUAGAAUUAAAGAUUGGAAAGAUUGCAAAUAUGAGAGUAACGUACUUUCCCAAAAAGAAACUGCAAUCAAAAUCAAAUCAUUGAGUUUUACGAAUAAAAAUACAGAGCGAACAUUUACGAUUUUCGUUCAUUUGUUGGGUGAGAUUUAUAAGUUGUUGGGUCAAAACAUCACGUGCACAAAACGAGAGCUUUAUUAUCGUGACGUAGAGCUAACGAAAAGUCAAGUCUCUGUGAAUAAAGCAAUUGAUGAAAUUUGUUCAUUAUUAAAUGUACAAUGUUGGGAAUUAGGAGUACUUUCAACAUCAAAAGGUCUUGUUGCUGGCGACUUGAGAAUCAUAACUGAUGAAGAUGAAUUAAUUGAUUAUUCUACAACCAAUUCAGUUCCUCAAAAGCCAUCAGGAAUCAAAUCAAUGGAAUCAAAUGCUGAGUAUGUUUUAGUCGUUGAAAAGGACACAGUAUUUACACGCUUGAUUGAGGAAAACAUUAUGGAAAAGAUUGGAAAGAAAAUAAUCUUAAUUACGGCAAAAGGCUAUCCAGAUAUAAAUACACGUGUUAUGCUCAAAAGAAUUGAAAUGGAAUUGCAAAAACCUAUUUAUAUAAUUGUUGAUGCUGAUGCUUAUGGAAUUGAUAUUAUGUGUACCUACAAAUUUGGAUCACUACAAAUGGUAAAGUUUUCGGAGCAGCUUGCUGUACCCACAAUGGAAUGGAUUGGGAUAUAUCCCACAUCCAUUGAAAAGCUCGACAUCACAAGAACUCAACUGACAGAUGCCGAUGUAAAGAAGGUUGACGAACUUCUGGCUCGUCCUUAUAUUAAUGAUCAUUUAAAGACUGAGUUAGCACAUUUGAAGAAUCGAGGAUUAAAAGCUGAAAUUGAGAGCAUAUAUCAUUUUUCAAUAGACUAUUUGAUUCAUGACUACAUUCCACAGACGAUUGCAGCUAUUCCAGGUCCAAAUAGAGAAAUUAUCCGAGGAAGUAGCUGCUUUAAGGAACAUUUAUUUUCUUAAUUACUCUAUUUGAAUUUUUUAAUGGUGUUUUUUCGUCCAAAUUGUGAAAAACGGUUUGUGUAGCAAAUAAUUUUUUAAUUUUUUAUGAAAGAAUAAAAUAUAAAGCAUUACUUAAUAUUUGACGCAGCGAUCA